AUGGAUAAGGAGGACCGGGAAGCAGAGGACUCCAAGCCAGAUCUUCGCAUCGAGACGGUCCUGAUCGGCCUCUCGGGCCCGUCGUCGAGCGGUAAGACGACGUUGGCGAGGCUGCUGCGCGAGAUCUUCAACCUCGACACCGAGGGGUGGAAAAUCAGUCUGUUCAUCCUGCACCAGGACGACUUUUAUAAGACGGACCAGGACAUUCCCAAGGUCACCGUCUCGUCCGAGGAAUUCGGCACCCGCGAGCUCCAGGACUGGGACUGCAUCGACUCCCUGGACCUCUCGUUGUUCGAGCACACGCUCACACACCUGCGCGACCACGGCCAUCUGCCGCCGGACAGCGUGUCGAAGGAAGACCAGAACAGCGUCGGCCACAGCGGCGUGUCUCCCGACGAGGUGGCCGAGCAUAGAGAGAGGGUUAGGACGCGGAUAGACGAGCUAGUCAGGGGACGAGAGGGUCAGAGGACCAGUGGUGGUGGUGACGGAAGCACAGGCAGAGAGAUCCGCGUCUACAUCGUCGAGGGGUUCCUGCUCUACCCACAACCGUCGUCGUCGACUCCCUCGGACUCGUCGUCCGACUAUCCUCACUCCGCGGCGGGAGUCGACCACCUCCACCGCCUCAUCCACAUGCUGCUCCAUCCGCUACUAUUCCUCCCGUCGACGCGCGCCCAGACGCUGUCCCGCCGCGCCGCGCGCUCCGGCUACGUUACCCUCGAGGGCUUCUGGGUCGACCCGCCGGGCUACGUCGAGGAUGUCGUCUGGCCCAACUACAUCCGCUACCACGGGUGGAUGUACAAGGGCGGCAACGUCGACGGGGACGUCUUUGACGAGGAGAGCUGUGCGCGCCAGGGCGUGAGCGUCUGUCCCGGCGCGGGCGAGUGGGGCAUGAAGGAGGUCUUGGAUUGGGGUGUUCAGAAGGUGGAGGAAGUCAUCCAGGAGAGAAUCCAGACGUAA